AUGUCCGAUUCGGCCAAGCACAUCAUUCAGAUUCUCGAGCUUCUCGAUGAAAGACGCCUCUGUCUCUCUUUCAAUAUCAACCGCAAAGAGUUGAUGUUCUUUUCUGGACUUGGGCUCCUGUGGCAGAUGCUUGGUGUGAAGCGCGAUAGCAAACUCGGCAGGGAGACUCAGAAGAUGCUCGGUACCGCUAGGGGACAACUUCAAACAGAGUCCACUGCGGCAGCUGCUGAAUUCGACACCCUGUCAAGCACCCUGGUUUUCCUGGAUGACAGUAAACGGCCAUCGUCCGACAAGGCUUCCCAUGAAAUGGGUGCGCCGACACACAAACCACUCAAGUCCCCCAAGAAGCACUUGCAAGCUUUGAAGUCGCGUCUUACCAGUUCUGCUCGCGACCAGCCCAAGCAAGACUCACCCCAAGCCUCCCGCCGGAACACCAUCUCUGGCGCAACUCCACCACUCGUCGCCCAAUCCCUCCGCUCGCCGAGCUGGAACAGUCUUCCACCUGCACAGCACGACCACCUUACCCCUGCAUUCCUCACCGACAAAGACCACUCUCCUCUCGACCUCGCCUCAGCCGCACCAAUGAACUACGAGCAUCACCGGUCAAUGUCUUGCUCAACACCCUCCGAGCCAGCCCCCGGCGCUAUUACAAUGGCCGACUGGGAAUACGUACUCAGCGACAUGGACCGCGGCUACUCCAACAUCUUCACAGGGAUUUACGGUGGCAAAGACUGUGGUGAAGACUCAGGCCCCUUUGCCUCGAUCACAGCCGAAUGCAGUCGCAAACCCAUGGAGGACCCGCCAGCCAUUCCGCAACCGAACGAACUCCAGGAUUUGUCCCCCAAGUCCUGGUCAGCUAGUAGCGGUGAAUUCCCUUCUGUGCAAGAACAUGCUACGCAGAGCGUGCUCAGUUACUCGGGUGAGAGUAUGGGAAGCAUGGAUGAUACCCUGGCCCCGUAUACAGAUGUCAAGGUCUAUCCCGAGGAUAUCAACACACUGGAUCCAUUCAACGCCUUUCCCAUUCCAGGCGAAGACAAAGCCGAUGACGGAUUCGAUGAGUUCUCGCUGGUAAAUGGUUGGGACCGACGGCUGGCCGUUUGA